GAAGUCUAUGUUACAUCUAAUACCCUGCAUUGUUCGUCCUCGUCAGAAGCGUCCUCUAUAGCAUUUCUUCGUUCUUCUCCUAACAUUUACAAUCUGUUCAAGCGAUUUUGAGACUGUUAGCCCUUUUCCAAUCCAACUCCGUUUCUACUCCUCUUUAUAUUUUGUUCAUCGGAAAAAAUGGAGGGUUCGCAAGAAACAGAUCAUUACAUCCGGGAAUCGGCCGAGCAAUCCAUUGGACCCCCUGUGCCAAGAAGCACUCUGGAGUUGAAGCUCCAAUGCUCCGAGCAAGCUCUUCUUGCCCUGCGUGCUCAGUAUCUUUGUUUACGGUCAAAGCUAAAUGAAAAGGACCAAAUCAUUGAACGCGCUAGGGCGGAAUCUUGUAUGAAUGCGACUGCGAUGAAGAAAUUUGUGGAGGAGAAUCAGAGACUCGCGAAGGAGUGCUCUAAUCUGUUGUCACAAUGCAAGAAGUUGGAGAGGGAGUGUUCGUUAUACGAAAACGACAGGGAAGCGCUGAUGGAUUUCGGGAACGAAGCAGACCAAAGGGCCAAGACUGCAGAGAAUCGUAUCAGGGAGUUAGAGAUAGAGGUGGAAAACUUAUCUGAGGAUUUACAGUUCCAUAAGCGUCAUUUAGCUCAAAAGGAGGCUCAGAUGAAGGUUGAUACGUGUAGAGAAGAUGAUGAUUGUAGGGAAGAACAAAGUCUGGUAGAUUCCUUAUUGGAAACUAUAGGUGUCAAAGUUGAAGAUCCAUCAGCAAGAACACUAACAUUUCUAGAGUCCAAUAGCAGUCUUGAUUCUUCUUUCCAAACUCUGUUAACAUCACGGGAUAGUAGAUUGAGGCCAUCAACACGCAGUGUUGUUGUUCUGGCGGCUGAAGCCUUGGCUUUGAGAAAAGACAAGGAAUACUUGUUGAAUAACCUUCUUAGAGCAGAAGAUGAGGUGAAAGUUAUUUUUGAAGAAAACAAUAUUCUGGAGAAGGCGAACAAGAAGCUAACAAUCAAACUUCACCUUAAAGAGGGCAACAUUUCUUCAAAGGGGAACAAGAGAAAAUCGAGCCCCUUGAAAAGGUGCCCCAUUGAGCUGGAUGAUGUGGAUUUGUUGUCAAGGCAGCCCUUAUCAUCACCCUUAAGGGAAAAUUAGAAUGAGAGUUUUGUGUAUGAAAAACCUAGCUUUUGCUGACAAGGCAAACGUGAUAUAGUUCUAACUCGUAGAGUCAAAUGUUAUCUGAACUCCUUGGGAGUCCUUGCACCUACCUCUCUGCAUCCGAUGUAGGUUUCCUGUGUGGAUUUCAAAGUGAUAGAAGAUGAUCUUUCUGAAAUUCAGUCAUAGUAUAAAAAGUGGAUGAUGUAGAUAUAUAUGGUAAAGGGAAAAGUUUGUUAAAAAUUUCCAUAAAUAUUACUCUUUGAAAAGUGAUGGACAAAAAUAUUACUCUAUAAUUGUGUUCAAAGUUACUGUGAUGUAGUGACCAUGUUGUAAACUUUGAACACAACUAUACUCACUAAAAGUUACCAAGUCACAUUUUUAUCCAUCACUUUUUGAUUAGUAAUAUUUUAGGAAAAAACUCAAAGUUUGUCCCUAAACAAUUAAAGUUUUUCAAUUGAAGAAAUAUGUAUGAAAUACUUGAGCUAAAAUGAUGUGGUACGUAAAAGUGUAAAACUAUGCAAAUAAGUUGAAGUUUUUGCUUCCUUCU